UGAUUGUAUGACAGGUAUAAUUGAAAGAACUUAAUUAGAUUUAAAAGGAAAAGGCUGUCAUUUAAUAAGCCAUUCCACAAGUAUCAGAGCUAAAAGAAAAUGGGGCGCUGCAUUGUUCUCCUUCUUUGCCUGGUCGCUGCUUCGUUUGUUUUUGCAGAAGAUAUCAAAAUUAAGACAACUGAAGAUAGCAAUGAUGAUGAUGAAGAAAACGUUGAAGUUUCUGGUGACGAACUGGAAAAAAGAGGUGACCAAACGAUGUCAAAUAUUGGAUACCUUUUCAAAGGGUACAACAUCAUAGAAGGUAACCCUAUGGACCCCACCAGAUUUGAUCCAGGGUUUAAAGCCAAAAUAUUUGAGGCUACAUACGAGAAGGACAGACGCACGGACGAUCAACAAUACAAAAUCCCAGACAAUGUUGAUCUUGAUGAAAAAGAGUCUUGCUCGUCAUCGUUUUCAGCUGAGACGGUUAUGACAAAAUCUGAUUAUCAAAGAAGUUUGUUAGCUAAAGCAUCGGCUUCUGGAUCCGCACAAAUAAAAGUGGUCAAAGCUUCAUUUUCCGCCAGCGCUGAAUACAGCAAGACAUCUAAGAUUUUGCAAUCAAACGACAAGUCUAUCAUAAAAACUGAAGCAACCUGUAUUGUUUAUGAAGCCAGGGUGCAGACUGGAACACCCCCGAAGUUCACUUCUAACUUCCUCGAGACUGUUAAGCUAUUGGGUCGUGGCCAAAACGACUAUGGAAGAUUUCUUGACACGUUUGGAACACAUUUUGUAGAAUCAGUAGACAUGGGUGCAAGGUACGCAAAACUUCAAGUCAUUUCCAAAGAAACUCAAGAGAAGCUACACGAGAAUGGCAUUGAUAUAAAAUUAGCUGCUGAGGCAUCAGCUGCUGGAAUCGGCUCAGUAAAAACUGACAAUCAAUUCAAGACAAGUAAAAAGAAUUCAGAGACGUUUGAGAAUUCAGUAGAGAAAACAGAAACUGUGACGAUCGGAUCAAAGCCUCCAAGUGAUGGAAAGCAAGAAACAUGGAUAGCAGAAUCUGUACGAAGCCCUUUGCCAAUCUUUUAUCAGCUAAGAAGCAUAGUUGAUAUAUUCAGUUCAGCUUACUUCAAAGAUGCUUCUGUGGACUACGCAAAGAUAAACAGAGAGCUGUCACAGUUCAUGCAGGGUUACUGCGACCAAUUGAAGAUGAAUCGUUUACCAGACGCUGAAUGCAAUGGACCUCCGAAAGGAUGCAGAGGGGGCAGCCAGUGUAGCGUCAAUGCAAUAUGUACAGAUGAUAACAAUGGCGAUGACGAGGAGCAACUGUACGAUUGCAAAUGCAAGUCAGGAUACAAAGGAGAUGGAAAGAUUUGUCAACGAAGCCUUGAAUGGACUCCAACAGAAGAAAUCGAGCAAGAUGAGAAUAAAGGUAUCUGGGGAACAUGGGGUACAAUGGACUACUGUAAAGAUGGCAUUUUUGCAAACGGGUACCUAUUGAAAGCAGAGCAAAAAAGAGGAAUCAAAGACGACUCUGGUGCGAAUGCCGUCUGUUUAGCAUGUGAUGAGCAGCAAGUUUGUUCAAACAAAGGUCCAAGAGGUGUUUGGUCCGACAUGUACAGAUGUCCUAGAGGCAGCUUUUUGAGCGGUUGGAGGCAGAACGUUGAGGAUCCAAGACGCUGGGGCCUUCUUAAAGAUGACACUGCAUUGGAUAAUGUUGAAUAUAAAUGCAGAGAUUUGAUAACGUGGAAGGAGACAGAAAGAAUGAAAGGCCAAGGAAUUGAGAGGGGAAGAUGGAGUAGGUUUACAGAAUGUCCAAGAGGGCAGUUUAUCUGUGGUAUAAAAACAAGAGUUGAAAGUCCUGGAGGCGAUGAUACAGCACUUAAUGAUAUCAAACACAAUUGCUGUAAGCCAAUUAUGAAAAAGAAGAAAGCAAAAAAGACCAGAUACAUCAUCAGAAAAUGAAGAAGACAUUCAGAAGUGUGAAACGAGUAUUAAACAUAUCGGGAAAUAUGUCUUCUAUGAAACAUAAUUACCUUUUGAAGAACCUGCUAAUUCUCUGCAGUGGAAAGACAGGUUCUUGUUUUAAUAUUUUAAUAUCAUAAAAAGAAAUGAAAACAUCAAAUUUUGAUUAACAUGGA